AUGCCUGCGCCUGUCGUUUUGGGCGUUCUUCUCCUCGUGUUCCCGGAAUGCUUGUUGGGCUACAAGGUUCUUUCCAAUGAAGCAAAGACGGCCAGCUUUUGCCAGCAGCAGCCCACCCGGUCGAGCCCAGUAGAAUGUGCUGACGUCCUCCAAGAGGUCACGUGCGACACAACCUGGUCGAGCGCGUGCCCGGGGCUGGAGAAUCCGCUCGGCAGCGAGUUCAACGAUGCGAAGAUCUCCGUGCUUUGUGAAGACUUGUGCACCCAAAAGGUCGCUCUUUCCGAGCUGGACAACGACGACCCACGCCUUGCCACGGCCAAGUCCCACAUGGAAUGCUUCGACGACAUGAUCGAGAAGGCUGAAGAGGCGGAGGACCACGCCGCCGCGAAGCGUUUGAGGAAGCUCAUGGCCGGAGAGGUCGCAGUUGAUGUCAAGAAGAUUGCGAUUCUGAGCCCGGACGAUGAAGAGUCGAUCGAGGGCAAUCUUCUCGCUGCUCAAGAGGUUGCAGUAACAGAGGUGAAGGAGCAAUUCGCGAGCGAGACGGAAGAGGUCCUGUCGGCAAUGGAAAUCUCCGACGAGACCGUAAAGGAGUACACGGCCACCUUGGAAGAGGUGGCGAAUUCUUGCGGCGAUGGCGAGGAAGCAAAGUCCAUUGCCGAGGAUUCAACGGACCUCCUCCACCACAUGCAGGAUGGGCACAAGACAGAGAGCGAGUUGGCCCAGAUUCAGCACGAGGAAAUCUAUUUGGACAAACGAUGCAGUGUGGAGAAGGUUAACGUAGAUUAUUUCAUCAAGACUAUGAAGGUGAAGUAUGGCUCUGCAAAGUGCGGAAGCUCUCUGCUCCAGACAGCCCACCAGCAAUUGGCUGACGAUCUGUCUCACAAGGUGGAUCAGCAAGCCAAGCAAGUUCUUGCCCUCCACACGAAGGAGAACCAGCUGGGCCAUCGUUUUGUGCGUCACCUCAAGCUCGCCCUUGGCGGUGACCACUCCCAUCCGGAGCUUGCUGACUUCUACGAGGACUUCGCAGAGAUCGCCAGAGGCAACCUGACGCAGGGCCAGCGUGCGCGCCUUCAGCACUUGGACCAGCACCCACACUGGCAGCAAAAGCGGACCUCCGUGCGUUGCGGUGUGGACGAGCGAACGAAGAGCGCCGACAUCCUGAAGGACUACAAGCAGUGCAUCUGCGAUGCAGUGGAGUCCGUGAUGGUGUGCCAGCUGCAUCAUUUGCAGGCCUUGAAGGACAACUCGAAGCACAUGAGCCAGAAGCUCAGCAGAGGCGUAGCUUUAGCCAGGCAGAAGGAGGAGAAGAAGCAGACUGCCGUUGUCGCCAGGGACCACCAGAACAACGAGCUCGUCACGCAGGCGGACUCUGACUUGGCAUUCAACAUGUCCGUGAAUGGCACGCAUCAUUUGGCGAAGGGUGCUUGGUUCGCGCCUUGCACAAGCGGCUUCGUCUCUGGAACCUUCUGUGUUGGCGACAACUGCUUCACCUAUCCUCUUCCAGCAUAUGACAGCAAGAACGGUUGGGUCAAGGAGGCCCAGAGCGGAACGGGCGUGUUCCUCUGGUUCAGGAACCUGGUCAACAACCACGGCCGAAAACCCGUACCUUGCAUUUCCGCAACGGCGACCUUCUGUCUUGGCUUGCAGCCAGGUGACCCUCUGAAGCUGAAGUUCAACUUCGGGGCGGCGAUUCAAAAUUGCGGCGGGGUCAUUGCGAUCAUGAGUACCUUCAACAUCGGCAUCAGUCUGAACUUAUGCAUGGGUAUUCCAGGUCUCUCGCACCUUUUGGCACUCCUCGACCAGGAUUGCUGGACCUUGGCAAGCACCAAGUACUAUCCCUUCAUUGGCAAGCUGGUCGUCGGAGAUACCAGCAUCUGGGGCGAGUACUGGAUUACCGGCGAAUCCAAGACGACCAUUAACUUCAACUUUGCGGUGCACGAGCUCACUAAACCUGUCACAGAGUACUGCAACCUUCAGGGUGGUCGUUGGUGGGACAGGUGGUCCUACUACUGGUACCUGACAAAGUAUGGCCAUGCUGGAGCCUGUCAGAGGCUGCCCAAUGCCGCACAGUGCCAGGUCCACGCCGCGGAGACGUCAUGCCUCGCGGAGUUCAACGAGUAUAGAGGCACAAACGGCCAAUCGCUGAAGGUGAAGGUUGAGGACAUGUACCACGAGGCCUACGACUGCUGGUGGAAGUGGUGCUCGUAUCGGUACAAGUGGAAAACUAUCGGCGAGUGGGAGUGGCAGCUGUGA